GAGGCAAGGCACUGCUAGGAGGCCGAUCCUUUUUGAGUUGUUUUUUCGCUCGAACUCCAUUCACCGGUCCAUCCCUAUCACGUCCAUACGGCCUGCGGGCUACGACCACAAACCGGCCAAUGAGUCACCUUCACCGCCAUUCAGAUGACUUGAUGCUACGAGCAUCUCGGCCUUGGCCAGUCCUGGCAUCUGCCCCGGCCACAACGGGGGACAGAACGCUACUAAUUACCCGACCACGGCUGCAUCCAGCCCGCCGUUGCAGGGUCGGAAGCGCGCUGCAGGUCAGCCAUUGCUGUUCCCAACGUUGUCAAUUGGCCGAGCCGUCCCUCACGUGCUGGACGGCUUGCAGGCAAGCACACGCAACAGCAUGGGUGUAUCGAGAAGCAGCGCACGCACCAAGGUCAGAUCGGACUGCCCCAGCCAAGGCCCUAGAGGUAGGGAGGGUACGGAGUACUCUUCUUCCCUUUCUGCAAGUGCAGGGUCGACAAAGCUUUGUCUGUCACUUCACUCCCUUUUUUUUUUAUACGUUGCAGCACAGCUUGGCACAAGGCUGGCUUCUCUGGGGAACCCUAGGCCUUCGUCAAUCACCCGUCUUUUCUAUCCUCGACCGGCAUCUCAGAGCGGGGGGAAGAAGGAAACGGGAGUGGUUUGUAACUAGGUUGGUAUGCGCAAUUCAGGAGACAUGCCUCACGUAUGACCUUUCAUAUAAACUCCACUGCAGAAUUCGACGAGAAGAAUGGAAACCUGAGACAGAUCUCAGAUACUACUCGGAGCCCGGGCCAGAGAGAAAGACAAAGGCCCUUGCAUGUCCCACCUUGAGCCAAAACAAUGACUUGUGAAGGAAGCACUCACGACUCGACCGCAUGUUGAUUUUCGGA